AUGAAGCGGGUGUGCGGAUCGAGUGCCGAUAGAAUUACCAACCUUCCUGUUAAUGUCAUACAGCAGAUUUUGAUGUUUUUACCAAUCAAACAUGCUGCCAAAACUAGUACAUUGUCAACAAGGUGGAGGCAUCAUUGGAGAAGCAUUCCCAAACUUGUGUUUGAUCGUAGUCCUGCUAAGGGAAUGAGAUUGAUGAAAUCGUUGUCUAUCUUUCUCACGGAGAUCUGCAGGAGUUCAUGCUUUCCUGCGCAGCUGGUGAUAGUCAGUCAUAAAUACAAGUUACAUUCUUCCUUGUUUUCUUGUCUUCAACUGAACCGACUGGGACUUGAGCAUUGCGAAUUUAGACAACCGUCGUGGUUUGUGGGUUUUAGUAAGCUAACGGUUCUCUUACUGUCAGAUGUAACUCUGCCCUCUGAUUUCUGUGAGAAUUUCCUUGUAAAGUGCCCGAUGCUUAAAGACUUGAGGCUUAUAGAUUGUGAUGGUCUGAGUAAUCUUAACAUUGUGGCUCCAUGCCUCGAACGGUUCUGUUUCACGUACAGGGAUUUACAGAAAAUCUGCUUCAAGUGUACUCCUGUUUUAUAUUUAGUUGGUUUUAGACUAUGCAGAAACUUGGAGAACACUGCAGAUAUGGUAGCUUUACUUGCUUCUCUCCCAGCACUCCAAAAAUUUUCUGUCGACUUUGGACUCCCACAACACCUUGCUGUAGGUGAUAGUGAUUUCCCCAGUAGGCUUCCUACUCCUCUUCACCGGUUAGAACUCCUCCAUACCAGGAAUCUUGACUUUAGUAUCUUGAAGGCGGCGCAUUUUUUUGUUUGUCUGAUCAUCAGUUCCCCCAACUUGCGUGAGCUAACGAUUAAGCUGCACAGAAGUCAGUCAUAUCAGCCCACAGAUAGCGCAGCAACAACAAGCAUAGGAAGCCUGUUGGAAGCAGAGUACCGCCCAGGAUCCGGUAAUCGUUUUCUGCAGCAGCUUAGAGUGUUUAAAAUGGAGGAGUGCCUUGGUACGAAGGUCGAGCUUGACCUCGUGAAGUUUGUGUUAGCCACCGGUCCAGUACUUGAGAGGGUUCACAUUCCGCCUUUGCAUAAAUUAACCUCUGAAAAGAUAAUCGCGUUCAUGAAAGAAAUAAUGAAAUAUAAGCGUAUUUCUAAAGAAGCAGUGGUUAUAUAUGAAUCAAAAUGA